UAUCAGAAAACAACAAUCAUUCAAGAAUAGUUAUUGUUCACUGAUCGGUAGUUCAUAAAAAAGUUUAUAGCUUAGCAAUAUAUUUCUUAACUUUUGAAACAAUUAAGAAAAACAAUGACUGAAGAAGGAACUAGUAAAACUUUAGAGGAUCCUUCAGUUUGGGAAGAUAGCGAUCGAGUUGAUGAAGAAAUAUUACUUAUGUCAAAUGAAGAAAUCACGUCUCGUACACGAUUGCUUGACAAUGAUAUAAAAGUUAUGAAGAGUGAUGUGAUGCGUAUUUCACAUGAAUUGCAGUCGCAGACUGAUAAAAUUAAAGAAAACACUGAAAAAAUCAAAGUUAAUAAAACAUUACCUUAUUUAGUAUCUAAUGUUAUUGAGCUAUUAGAUGUUGAUCCACAAGAUACAGAGGAAGAUGGUGCUGUUGUUGAUCUUGAUAGUCAAAGAAAAGGAAAAUGUGCUGUUAUCAAGACAUCUACCCGACAAACUUACUUCUUGCCUGUAAUUGGUUUAGUUGAUCCAGAACAGCUUAAACCUGGUGAUUUGGUAGGAGUUAAUAAAGAUUCUUAUCUUGUGUUAGAAACAUUACCAGCUGAGUAUGAUGCACGUGUUAAAGCAAUGGAAGUUGAUGAAAGACCAACAGAACAAUAUGUAGAUAUAGGAGGUCUAGACAAACAAAUUCAAGAACUUAUUGAAGCUGUUGUACUACCGAUGACACAUAAGGAAAAAUUCCUCAAUCUAGGAAUUCAACCUCCAAAAGGUGUUCUUUUAUAUGGCCCACCGGGUACAGGAAAAACUCUUUUAGCUCGAGCAUGUGCUGCCCAGACUAAAUCAACUUUCUUAAAGCUUGCUGGUCCUCAGCUAGUGCAAAUGUUCAUUGGUGAUGGAGCAAAACUUGUGCGAGAUGCAUUUGCCUUAGCCAAAGAAAAAGCUCCUGCAGUCAUAUUUAUUGAUGAAUUGGAUGCUAUUGGUACCAAACGUUUUGAUUCUGAAAAAGCUGGAGAUCGAGAAGUUCAAAGAACUAUGUUGGAGUUACUAAAUCAGUUAGAUGGUUUCAGUUCUACUGCAGAUAUUAAAGUUAUUGCAGCUACCAACAGAGUUGAUAUUUUAGAUCCUGCAUUACUAAGAUCAGGAAGAUUGGAUAGAAAAAUUGAAUUCCCACAUCCCAAUCAAGAAGCACGUGCUAGAAUAAUGCAAAUUCAUUCAAGAAAAAUGAAUAAAUUUGAUGUGAAUUUUGAAGAAUUAUCCAGAUCAACUGAUGAUUUUAAUGGAGCACAAUGCAAAGCAGUUUGUGUUGAAGCAGGUAUGAUCGCUUUAAGAAGAGGUGCUUCUACUGUUACCCACGAAGACUUUAUGGAUGCUAUCAUGGAAGUUCAAGCAAAAAAGAAGUCAAACUUGAAUUAUUAUGCAUGAAAAUUACACAAUUUAAUUUGUCUUCAUGUAUUUUAUGUAUACUUUUUCAAAUUCUGAAAGCUACCUAAUGUUUUAAAUGUUUAUAAUUUUUUUUUAGUAAUUAAUGAAAUAAAACUGUCUCAUUAAAUGAAUAA